CUUCAUCAACGUUGCCGUAGUUAUUUCGACUCCGCAACAUACUCUCAUUCAGUCGCAGGCAGGCUAGGGCUGAGAUGCUGCCAUGCUUCCAUUCCUUGUCCUUCUGCUCUUCAAUGCUCUCCUAGCUUACGCUACCGACUACGAGGAGCGACUUCUCCUUCGACCCCUUCCACGAUCUGCCCUCCUCGCCUCCUUCCAAUUCCGAAGCAAUGAAUCUUCCACUUCGUUCGAGCAGCAGAACUUCCGAUACUUUCCCCGAUCUCUAGGACAAAUCCUGCAGCACGCGCAUACAAAAGAGCUUCAUUUAAGAUUCAGUGUAGGACGUUGGGACGCAGAGAGUUGGGGCCAGCGGCAAUGGAACGGCGCUCGUGAAGGCGGUACCGGCGUUGAGCUAUGGGCUUGGAUUGAAGCUGACGAUGAGGAACAGGCUUUCUCACGAUGGCUAACGCUCACGAAUACUCUUUCUGGCCUCUUCUGUGCCUCACUCAACUUUAUCGAUGCCACGAAGACUAUCCGCCCUGUGAUGACGUUCUCUCCGGAGGGAGAUCAUCCAAACCCCUCUAAGCUACACCUUCUACAUGGUACGCUGCCUCACGAGGUGGUCUGCACGGAGAACCUUACGCCUUUCCUCAAGUUGCUUCCCUGCAAAGGCAAAGCAGGCGUUUCAAGCCUUCUGGAUGGGCAUAAGCUGUUUGAUGCGUCAUGGCAAACGAUGUCGAUUGACGUUCGGCCAGUGUGUGAAGAGAACGGCGACUGCUCUUUGGAAAUGGAGCAGUCUGUGGACAUGGUGCUGGACAUUGACCGAUCGAAGCGGCCGCGAGACAACCCUAUCCCCCGUCCCCUACCAAUCGAGGAUAUCGAAUGCGACACGUCCAAAUAUUAUAAUGGUCACGACACAUGCUUCCCGCUCGACAAGCAGGCUGACCCGGCCUGGACCCUUACCGAGGUUUUUGGGCGACCCCUUCGCGGGGCAUGUCCUCUGACCGACACAGAAGGCCCUAAUUCUCACACUGUCUGUAUCAACACGCCGCCGGAGAGGACCGUGAACGCCAAUACUACCGGCCAGUACGAGGAGCAUAGGUAUGCAUCUGAUACCAUGCGUUGUUAUAAGCUGCCUACAGGCAGCGAUAUCGAUCUCGAAUUGCCAGAACAACAAAUGACAACAGGCCUGGUCUUGGGCACGCCUCCCCUAUACGCUGCUCGUGCUAUCAAUGGACAUGGCCAGGAACGUGGUAGUGUUCAGGCUGUCAUCAGGAAUCCAUCGACAUCUACGGCUGUGGACUUCGUUUAUCUGGAAGCACUUCCGUGGUUCAUGAAACCCUAUCUGCACACUCUUCGCGCCCAAGUGACCGGAUCGUCUGAGAACCCUAUCAAGGAGACUUAUUAUCGACCAGCAGUCGAUCGCCGCCGAGGAACGCAUAUUGAACUCAAGUUGACCAUCCCUGCGGGCGCGACUUUGACCAUCACCUACGAUUUCGACAAGGCCAUCCUGAGAUACACAGAGUAUCCACCCGAUGCGAAUCGCGGCUUUGAUGUUGCGCCAGCUGUCAUUCGAGUGUUAAAUCCGCAAUCUUCUGAUAGGAGGGGUGCAUAUUUGCGAACCACAUCGUUGCUGCUGCCACUCCCCACUCCGGACUUCAGUAUGCCGUACAACGUCAUUAUCCUGACAAGUACAGUCAUGGCGCUGGGGUUCGGUAACAUCUUCAAUCUGUUGGUUAGGCGCUUUGUUGGGGCUGAUGAAGUACCCUCGAUUGGCGGGGGUCUAAUCGGAAUCUUGAAAGCAAAGGUACAACGCAUAAGAGGGCGAUUCUCACGAUAGAUCAUGUAGAUGUCUCGAAAAUAAACGUAAAAGUCAUUUUCUUGUCAAAUGUGUAUAAUUUUCAAGUGUUUUAUACAACAUCUGAGAGUGGUAUAUUGCAAUUGUACUCUAC